AUGCGGUUCAGGACUUUGUUCUUCACUCUCUUUGUCACUCAUUUGGCGGCAGCUCAUCCGCUGGAGUGGUUAGGACUGGCUUCGUGGGAUGUCGAGGGCUAUGCGAAAGAUAACCCGAUAGGGCCCACGACAGGCGGUGAGGGUGGCGAAACGGUAACUGUCGACAAUGCAGCCGAUUUUAAAGCAGCAGUGACGGGGAACGACCCGCGAAUUGUGCUCGUCAUAGGAGAGAUCAACCUCCCGUCGCGAUUGAAGAUCGGAGCCAACAAGUCAGUCAUUGGCUUUGGGAAGACGGCACACAUUACCGGCAGCGGCUUGGAUGUGUAUCAUGUCAGCAACGUGAUCAUCCGGAACUUAAAGAUCAGCUUUAUCAAGGACAAUGACUGUAUCACCAUCCGGAACUCGACGAGGGUGUGGGUCGACCACAAUGAAUUCGAGUCAGACAUCUCAAAGGGGCCAGAUUUCUAUGACGGCCAAGUAGACGUAAUCCGCGGGUCCGACUGGAUCACUGUCUCGUGGAACUAUUUCCACGACCAUUGGAAGUCAUCUUUAGUUGGCAACGACGCGGCGCUGCGCGACGAAGACUUCGGGAAGCUGCACGUAACAUAUCAUCAUAACUAUUGGCGCAACGCCGGCACUCGAGGACCGGCAGGCAGAUUCGGCCACCAACAUGUCUACAACAACGUGUAUGCAGACUUUCUGUAUCAGGCCAUUCAUUCACGCUCGUACAACCAAAUCCUCGUUGAGGGGAAUGUGUUCCGAGGCAACACCCGUGAGGCUCUAAGCACCUACGGCUUGGUAAUUCCGGAGGACUCGCCGAAUACGUGCUCUUGUGGGGAUGAGGAACUUGACGGGUUUGCAAAUCUCGGUGCAAAGAAUGACUGGGGAGAGGCUGGGGUUAACAUCACCCAGGUUGGAAACUUCACAAAGGCCCCAUACAAGUUCAAGUUGACACCGCUUUCUCUUGUUGAACGGGUAGUCAAGCUCGGGGUCGGGAUCGGAAAGAUUUGA